GUGCGUGCGUUUUCAGGGGGUGCCCAUGCCGUGUGGUGACAGGAAUGAUGUGUUUACUCCUCUCCUUCUUCCUGCUCAUCACUGGCUGCGUCCUCAAGAUCGGCACGGACCAACUCUGCCAUUCCUUACCACCCACACUCUUCCACAGGUGUGAAGAUGCUCAGGACGUUCAUUGGACGAUGCCCAACAGUGGACACCAGUUCUACACUCAUCUGCACAGUGCAGAGCUGUGUGUGUGGGUGAGCCUGUGCUUUCUGCUGGUGUCUGGGUUCUUGGCGUGCCUUCCUCGUGGGGACGGAGGGGGACCUGGUGAGACCAGCGGGGGGCCCGUGGUCUCAGGACCAAGCCUGGGAUACGGCAGCGGGGGGACAAGCCCUUUCACCCUGGGAGACCACUUGCCAUCCUUUGACUUUGACUUUUAUGACUCCGACUGA